AUGUCAACUGUUAUAAAUGCAUUUUCACUAGUUGUCACUAGUUGGGGCCUUUGCAAGUCGAUUAAUUUAGAACUAGAUCCAUCUUUGGCCAAAGCAGGCCCAAAGCAGUUUUUGACUAAUAUUGGAGCUGGUAUCACAAUUAUCAAUAAUGUACUAGCAAUCCUGAAUAACUGGUCAUUGCUUCCUACAGAAGGGUUGGAGUAUUUCUCUAGGGAAAUUCUCUUCCCUUUGGCAUUACAAACUGAGACCGUAAUUGCCGGGGUCUACUGGCCAUUGAGACUGUUCUGGAUUCAUUUAAUAAUGCACAAUAUUAAGGACGGCAAAUCACCAAUUCCAUUGCCAGUGGACCUAAGUAUCCACCUAGUUCCUAUCCUCACUCUGUUAAUUGAAUACUAUGGAGUGAGAAAGACUCCUUUCCAAGUUUCAGCUUAUGUUGUCUGGAUUUUGACAUUCAUAAUAUCAAUCCUAUACAACUUCUGGUUAAAGACGAUUAUUGAUGUCGAAAACGGUCAGGUUUACCCUUACCCCUUUUUGUCUAUUCCGGAACCUCAGGUGACUUUUGUUUUUGUGGGAAUUACUACCAUAGGAUGUCUAUCCUUCUUGGCCUACAAAUAUUCUCAUCCAGGAAGACGAACCCCAUCCUUAAAACAGCAAAAACUGCAAUAA